UCUGGCAGCAUUUAGCCCGGCGGGCGGCCCGCAGCAGCCUCUUGGUCGGGAGCCCCACGGACGGACCCCGACAGCCCCAAAGUGUCCCCACCAUGGCCUUGGCCAAGCUGCAGAAGGUGCUGAUCAGUGACAGCCUGGACCCCUGCUGCAGGGACAUCCUGCAGGCCGGUGGCAUCCAGGUGCUGGAGAAACCCGGGCUGAGCAAGGAGGAGCUGCUGGUGGAGAUCGCGGACUGCGAUGGGCUCAUCGUGCGCUCGGCCACCAAAGUCACCGCCGAGGUCCUGGAGGCGGCCGAGAGGCUGCAGGUGGUGGGCAGAGCGGGCACCGGCGUUGACAACGUGGACGUGGAGGCGGCCACCAGGAAGGGCGUGCUGGUGAUGAACACCCCCGCUGGGAACAGCCUCAGCGCCGCCGAGCUGACGUGCGGGAUGAUCCUGUGCUUGGCCAGGCAGAUCCCGCAGGCGGCAGCCUCCAUGAAGGAAGGCAAAUGGGACCGAAAGAAGUACAUGGGCAUGGAGCUGAACGGGAAGACGCUGGGCGUGCUGGGGCUGGGCCGCAUCGGCAGGGAGGUGGCCACGCGGAUGCAGGCUUUCGGCAUGAAGACCAUUGGCUACGACCCCAUCAUCACCCCCGAGACCUCGGCCACUUUCGGCGUGGAGCAGCUGCCCCUGGAGCAGAUCUGGCCCCGCUGCGACUUCAUCACGGUGCACACGCCGCUGCUGCCCUCCACCACGGGGCUGCUGAACGACAGCACCUUCGCCAAGUGCCGCCGGGGCGUGCAGGUGGUGAACUGCGCCCGCGGGGGCAUCGUGGACGAGGGCGCGCUGCUGCGGGCGCUGCAGUCGGGGCAGUGCGGCGGGGCCGCCCUCGACGUCUUCACGCAGGAGCCCCCCAAGGAUCGGGAGCUGGUGAACCACCCCAACGUCAUCUGCUGCCCGCACCUGGGCGCCAGCACGCGGGAGGCGCAGAGCCGCUGCGGGAAGGAGAUCGCCAUGCAGAUGGUGGACAUGGCCACCGGGAGGGGGCUGGCCGGCGUGGUGAACGGGCAGGCUCUGAGCAAAGCCUUCGCACCCCAAACCAAGCCCUGGAUCGCCCUGGCCAAGGCGCUGGGCUCGGUGCUGCGCGCAGCGGCCAAGCAGGCGCAGGGCAGCCUGCAGCUCUGCACACUAGGGACCCCCCUGAAGGAUGCCGGCAGCUUCCUGGCGCCCGCCGUGGUCUCGGGCAUGCUGGCUGGAGGCAGGCAGAAGGAGGUGACCCUGGUGAACGCCCUGCUGCUGGCCCAGGAGGCCGGCCUGAAGGUCACAGCCAGCCACAGCGACGUGGCCCCCGAGCCCCACGGCAGCUCUGGCUUGCUGCAGGUGUCCCUGCAGGGCACCCCGCUGCGCGCGGUGGGGACGGUGCAGGGCAGCACCCCGCUGCUGCUGGAGCUCGGCGGGGCCACCUUCAAGCAGCCGGCCCCGUUGGCUGGCCACGUCCUCGUCUACAGAGCCAAGGCCUCCGAGCCCAGCACGCUGCCUACGCUCGCUGGGCUGCUGGGGAAAGCGGGCGUCCAGCUCCAGUCCUACCACAGCUCGGGCGCCGUGGCUGGGGAGCAGUGGAGCGUGGCGGGGCUGUCGGCCCCGCUGCCCGAGCUCGCCGAGCUGAAGCCGCGCGUCACCGAGGCCUUCCAGCUCCACCUCUAGCCCCACACCACCAGCACGGGCUCUGCCCGCGCCCACAGCACCCCAGCGGCUGGGCGAGCGCCGUGCUAAAGAAUAAAACAUCCAGGAGAGAG